AUGGCCGCCGCCGCCGCUCUAGAGAAGGACAAGCCUCUGCUGCAGCUCCAGGAGGUAGACUCUAGCCGGGCAGCGAACCGAGUCCUCUCCCCCAUCCUAGGACCCUCAAGCCCCGCCCUGUCCAUCGAGGGGGGGGCGCCGAUCUACAUCCCCUCCCCCUACACUGAGCUGGCCCAAGACUACGGCCCUCUGCCCUUCUACAACCCCACCAUCUUCAGCUACAACGGAGCAGGUCUACCCGAGUGCUCCAGCGUGCACCAGAGCCUCAGUCCCUCCCUGUUCCUGCCCCGACAUGUGGGGUCCCCCUUACCCCUGCACCGGUCCCAGGCCAGGCCGGUCCAGACCCAGCCCACGCCCAGUCCCUGGGUGGAGAUCCAGCCCAGAGAUAGCGUCCUCAUGACAUGUAAGAGGAGGCGGUCCCAGGAGAGUGACGAUGGUGUGGUGUCAUCUGGUGCCAAAUCGGAUCUGCACUACUGCGCCGUGUGCCACGACUACGCCUCAGGGUAUCACUACGGCGUCUGGUCCUGCGAGGGCUGCAAGGCCUUCUUCAAGAGGAGCAUCCAAGGACACAACGACUACAUCUGUCCAGCCACAAACCAGUGCACCAUCGACAAGAACCGCCGCAAGAGCUGCCAGGCCUGUCGCCUGCGCAAGUGCUACGAAGUGGGCAUGACCAAGUGCGGUAUGCGUAAGGAGAGAGGCCCCCUGCGCUCGGCCCAGGCGUCCCGGAGGAUGACCCGUCUUUCGACCCAGGGCCGGGGAGCGGUCUCCAGGCUGAUCCCGGUCCCCUCGGUGGUCCCACUGCCGGAGGCACGCCCCCCCACCCUCACACCGGAGCAGCUGAUUGGUCGGAUUAUGGAGGCAGAGCCACCAGAGAUCUACCUCAUGAAGGACAUGAAGAGACCUCUGACCGAAGCCAACGUGAUGAUGUCACUCACCAACUUGGCCGACAAGGAGCUGGUCCACAUGAUCACAUGGGCCAAGAAGAUCCCAGGCUUCGUGGACCUGAUCCUGGUGGACCAGGUUCACCUGCUGGAGUGCUGCUGGUUGGAGGUGCUGAUGAUCGGCCUGAUGUGGAGGUCCGUGGAGCAUCCAGGGAAACUCAUCUUCUCCCCCGACCUCAGCCUCAGCAGGGAGGAGAGCAACUGUGUGCAGGGCUUUGUGGAGAUCUUCGACAUGUUGGUCGCUGCCACGUCCCGAGUGCGAGAGCUGAAGCUGCAGAGAGAGGAGUACGUCUGCCUCAAGGCCAUGAUCCUGCUCAACUCCAUCCAGGAGCAGCCGCAGCACGAGCGUGAGAUCUCGCUGCCUCUCUGA